CUUCUUUUUAAAGAACAAGCACUCAACCCACAACGCCCGACACACAUUUUUCAUUCGACCUUCUUUCCAUCGCUGGAAUCCCUUUACCAAGACUCUCCUUCGCUCGUUUAGCUUGCACACCUCACACCCCCUACUGUUUGCUGCGCGUGAAUCUCAACGGUCCUACAGCACCAUUCCAAGCAAAUUUUAUUCGACAAAACUCGAUAUCUUACAUAAUGCACAUUCAAGGAAAGAACUUCAUCGUCACUGGAGGAAGCUCGGGUCUUGGCGAAGCGACUACCCGGGCUAUCGUAGAGAAGGGCGGCAAAGUAAUCAUUUUCGACAUCAACGAGGAGCGCGGCGAAGCCAUUGCGGCCGAGUUGGGCAGCUCAGUCCUCUGGCCUGGCGCAACGGAUAUCGCAGGCGAGGACUCUGUCAUUGCUUCGAUGGAGAAGGGCGUGGAGAAGUUUGGAAAGAUCUCGGGAGUCAUCAACUGUGGAGGCAUUGGCAUGGCUCAAAAGAUCGUGUUCAGGAAUGGCGAGCCCCAGCCUCUGGACAUCUUUCAGGAGGUUGUGAGGAUCAAUUUGGUUGGAACCUUCAAUGUUUGCCGACUGGUUGCUGCCCAUAUCAUUGCUAAUAUCAAGGCGUCGUCCGAAAAAGAAGAGGAUCCCGGGGUUAUCAUCAACGUCGCUUCGAUCGCGUACACAGAGGGACAGGCUGGCCAAACCGCGUACUCUGCUUCGAAAGGAGGUGUCGCGGGUAUGACUUUGCCAAUGGCCCGCGACUUGGCUGGCCAGGUCCGUGUCUGCACCAUCGCUCCGGGAUUUUUCGGCACUCCUAUGGGUAAUGCUGUCAAAGACUCGAAUCUUGAAAAGCACAUGGUUCAUCCCUACCGUAUGGGUAAGCCAAGCGAAUUUGCUCAUCUCGCCUGCGCCAUUAUCGAAAACCCAAUGAUGAACGGCGAAAUUAUUCGUAUCGAUGGUGCUGUCCGUCUCGGAAAGCUGUAAGAGCAGCCCCGUCAAUCACCCCGGUCUGUAAAGAGUAAAGAAACCACAGAACGUCACCCAGUAAAACUUUUAAA